GCACAGUCAGAUAUAAGCAGCUUAAGGAGUGCAGGAAUGUACUGGCACCUUCUUUUCCAGGGCAAACCACAGUGUUUUGUGUGAGCAGUGACCUACAGGAUUACAGCAAGAAUUUCAAUUUCACAGUCUUUAGCCUCACAGGCAGGCUAGGAAACUCCUAAUGUUGAUGGUGAAAGCUCUUCUGGGAGAUCUAUCUGUCCUGGAACCAGCUUGUGUUGUUAAUUGUUAACUUAGUUCUCCUAAAAGAAGCUUUUGAGAUUGUGGUUGGUGAAAUAACGCAUGAGGAGCAAUUGGAAGGCUAUGAAGUUUUGAUACCUGCUUUUUAUGUAAGUGAGAAAACAAUAAAAGGACAAAGGUGGACUGAAGUGAAACUCCUCCCUGAGUCAGGGCAGGGUUUGCAUUACGGCAGGCAGUUAUAGACUGCUGCCUGUCAAACCUGUUGUCAUUUCUCUAGUCGCCUAAGCUGUAUUUCGAGAUCACUUGUGCUCUGCUCACCUGCCAAAAUGAUGGAAGAAGUGUCUAUCGCUGUGGCCUAUGAUUCCCAUAUUAUUGACCAGAUGUCUGAGGAGGAGAUCCUGGCGAGUCUGGUAGUGGAGUCUCUGCCAAAACAAGUGGUGCCAUCUAAAAAGCAAAAAUUAAGAGAUAACCAAGAACAACCAGAAGAUCCACUUGACAAAUAUGAGAGAGAAAACCGCAAGCUGCAGGAGACCAGUUUGCGUCUGGAGCAGGAGAACGACGACCUUGCACAAAAACUUGUAACAAGCAAGAUUGCAUUGAGGAAUGCUUUAGAUCAGACCGAGGACCAAGUGGAUGAAUUGACCAAGGAGCUUUCAAAAGUCAAACAGCUUCUUGUGGUAACAGAGGAGGAGAAGCGAGGAAAAGAGGAGGAGGCUUCACAGCUCAAAGAGAUGUUCAGGAAAGAGCUGGACAAAGCAGAAUCCGACAUUAAGAGAUCAAACAGCAUCAUCGCCGACUACAAGCAGAUUUGCUCACAGCUGAACACUAAACUUGAAAACCAGAAAGAAGAAGCAGACAAGAAUCUCGCUUUUAUCAAGAGUAAGCUCCAGGAGUGUGAGAGGUGCAGUCGCAUCUUCAGUGUGGAUGGGUCGAUUGAAAGCUGCUCCGAGAGUGAAGACAGAUCUGCUCAGGAUGAAGCAAAGACCUCUCUCAGAGAACAGGUCAAAGAGCUAGAGAAAGAGCUGGCACAAACAAAGCUACAGAUGGUGGAGUCCAAAUGUAAAAUCCAGGAGCUGGAGCACCAAAAAGCAGUUCUGAUGACUGAACUUCAAGCUGCUAAAAACACAUGGCUCAAAAAAACCCUGGACUCAUUCAAGACAGCUGCCAGCGGCCAACAGAGCUCCUCACAGACUGAUUCUGCCUGGAGCCCCAAUAAUAACCCCCAGUCCAGCUGGGUCACCAGACGGUUCUCCUGGGCCCAUCGAGAAGCAAGAGCAACCAAAGUAUGAAAUGGAGAAGUGCGUAGCGUCUAAUCGUGGAGAAGAAUUUAAUGAGAGCACUCGUAAUGAGAACACCAACGUUACGCUCUCAGACCAGAGGACAUUGCAAAUCUUGUAAACACUGGGAAUGAAAAGAUUUUCAAAACGUCUGCAUUUUCGGGGAUCGAUGCGAUGAAUACGGUUCUUUUAAAGCACCCUAACACAUAGAGACUACCUAAAGUUUUCUAGUGAUGUUUUUGGGAAACCAGGUAACGUUAUGUGUAAAUGGGACGUGUUCCAGUAGUUCACACUUCGCAGAGUAGCUGUAUUGACGUCGCGUGUUGUUGAAACGCGAAACACUUCAGGAAGCUGUUAUUUCUUUCAACAUACCUUGUAAUGUUCAUUGAAGUUUUUAUAGUAAAUUGUUUUCACAUCCUACUUCAUAUCCCUCGCGUUCACUGUCACUGCAGCAAGACCAUUGAGCAAGACAGUAUAACGCAAAACUGAGGUCACAGCAGGUCCCACCUUCACUAACUGCUACCUGAUCGAUGCUAAAAUUUGAUUGGGUGGUAAUUCUGUUCUUCAAAAUAUGCUUUGACGUGAUUGGCUACUGUUGAUUAGCUUAUUUUCGUGUAACAGAAAACUGCUAGAGAUGAAACUCGAGCGGGUCUGGUGAGUGGUCAGGUCACAGUCACAGAUGUCAUCCAUACUUAACUGGCACAAUACAUUGUAAAUGCAUAAAUGUGUUUGCUUUUUUCUACAGUUGUAUGAUGGUCAACAAUAAAGAUGACAUGACAAAAA